CUGCAUGGUUGAGAAAUUCUUGGAAGCAAAGAGGGGGAGACCAGGACUACCAUUAUGUCUGCAGCUAAAGAAGAGGAUCUCUGCAGUCAUGUGAAGGUGGUGGUCCGCGUCCGUCCAGAGUCCCAGAAGGAAAGAGAUGGCAACUUUAGCAAAGUGGUUCAUGUUGUAGACCAGAAUCUAUUGGUCUUUGAUCCAAAGGAGGAGGAAGUCAGUUUCUUUCACGGAAAAAGACUAGCCCAUAGGGAUAUCAGUAAAAGAAAAAAGAAAGAUCUUAAGUUUGUGUUCGAUGCAGUUUUUGCUGAAAGCUCAUCUCAGUUAGAGGUUUUUGAACAUACUACCAAAAGUGUCCUGGAUGGCUUCUUAAAUGGAUAUAACUGCACAGUGCUUGCAUAUGGUGCAACAGGAGCUGGAAAGACUCAUACAAUGCUAGGCUCCCCACAAGAUCCUGGAGUGAUGUACUUAACCAUGAUGGCACUUUAUAACUGCAUGGAUCAAAUAAAAGAAGAUAAAAUAUGUAAUAUUGCUGUUUCUUAUUUAGAGGUCUACAAUGAACAGAUUCGUGAUCUGCUGGUAAACUCAGGACCUCUGGCUGUUCGUGAAGAUGCUCAGAAAGGGGUGGUAGUUCAAGGGCUAACGUUGCACCAGCCUAAAUCUGCAGAGGAAAUCCUUCAAAUGCUGGAUUAUGGGAAUAAGAAUCGAACUCAACAUCCCACAGAUAUAAAUGCUUCUUCUUCCCGGUCCCAUGCUGUCUUUCAGAUUUAUUUAAGGCAGCAAGAUAAAACAGCUAGUAUAAGUCAAAACGUCCGCAUUGCCAAGAUGUCGCUUAUUGAUCUGGCAGGAUCUGAACGUGCCAGUGCUACAAAUGCCAAGGGGGCUCGUUUCAGAGAAGGGACAAAUAUUAACCGCUCCUUGCUAGCUCUUGGAAACGUCAUUAAUGCCUUGGCAGAUCCAAAGAGCAAGAAACAGCACAUUCCUUAUCGAAACAGCAAGCUUACUCGUUUACUGAAAGAUUCGCUGGGAGGAAAUUGCCGAACCAUAAUGAUAGCUGCGGUUAGUCCAUCCUCCCUGUUCUACGAUGAUACGUACAAUACUCUUAGGUACGCAAACCGAGCAAAGGAUAUUAAGUCUUCUUUGAAAAGCAAUGUCGUGAGUUUGGACAGCCACAUAAGCCAGUACGUUAAAAUUUGCAAUGAUCAAAAGAAAGAGAUCAUAAUGUUGAAAGAGAAACUGAGAGAAUAUGAGGAAAAGCAAGCAGCCAUUCCUGAAAAUCGUAAUAUGGCAGUAAAGGAGCAAGAGGAAAUAAAAAGGUAUCAAGAAAUUCUUAGAAAUGUGUUUGCAAACCGUGAAGAAAUCAGAAAAGAAUAUCUCAAGUUGGAAAUGCGCCUGAAAGAAAAUACACUAAAGACUAAUUACCAGAAACAAUGUCACGAACAAAUUCAACUGAUGUGCUCUGAAGAAAAAGUAGAAAAGGCCACUUGUAAGCGGGAUCAUAGACUUGCAAUGCUAAAAACACACCGUAUGCACAUGCAGAAAAAGAUAGAAGAGGAGGUGAAUCACUUUGAGGAAAACACAAACUGGCUGCAUCGUGUUGAAAAUGAAAUGCGCCUGCUGGGUCAAGAUGGGUGUAUUCCAAAGGAACUCUCUAAAGAUCUCCAGUGUUGUCAUUUAAAACUGGAAGUUAAAGACCUGAAAACCCAGAUCAAGCACAUGGUGUCUCUGGUAUCCCUUCAAGAGCAGCAUCAUAAGCAUACAGAAAAAGUAUUAAAUACAUUGCUUCCAAUUCUUCGCAAGCAACACCUAACAUUGAAAGAAGCUGGGUUGACAAAUACCUUAAUUGAGACUGAAUUUGCAGAGGUUGAGCAGCUGAUUCAAAGACAAAAAUCAGUAGUUUGGGCUGACCAAACGGGAGAUGAGGAACAAGAUCAAAACCAUCCAGAAACAUCAGUUAUCUUUUCAUUUCCACAGCUGAUGACCAAUUCAAACACUCCAUGCUGUACACCUUUGGGUACAUCAUCAGAAGAAACUAAACCAAGUACAAAACUCAUAGUAGAAUAUGCAGUCCAACCGCAGAAGAGAACUAGGCGAAAGCUCAUGGAUUCUCCAGCUCCGAGUCCUGCUGUUUCCAAGCACUCCAGCUUCCGUCAUCUGGAGGAUUCUCUCAGCAAGGAGGUUCGCCCCAUUGUGUAUACACCAGAAUGCUGCAGACAGCCCCUGCAAAGCUGCUGUACACAGACUGUGGUCAAGCAAGACUUACAGACUGCAAGCCUUGAGGAGGCAGAUGAGUGUAAUGUAGAUAAGCCACCAAAGAAGGAUAGUCUUAUGGACUCUACGUAUAACCUUCUCCCAGAGUGUGGUGAAGCUGAUGUGAACUCUACAGUAAUUCUCUAUCAAGACCCAAGCAGAACAACUGAAGAUUUUAUUGACUCAUCUCCCAAAGAGUCGCAGCCAUGUAGCACUAGCAUUCUGCAAAGACUUGGUCUCUCUACCUUGAAAAACAAAAAUUCUUCUUUGGUGCAUGAAAAACCCUCAUAUAUGGCAAUGACUUCUGCUGCUGAGAGAAAAAGAAAGAUAUUAAGUUCUACAUCAAACACUGAAUUAAGUAAUUUGCAAGAUCCUGUUUCUGCAAAACGUUUUCGACAAGACAUCUUGUUAAGCCAUAGAGCUUUGAGGGUACCCAAAAUAGCAGGAACUAAAACAGGAAAACAGAAGCAAGAACAGAAUGUGCCAGGCAACCUUGUUCGAAGCUUUUCAGAAGGCAAUGUAGCAAUGCGUGUUAAAUCAAGGACUUCAAAAAACCUUUUACUUCAUGUUUGUAGGAAGAAAAAUAGGAUUUAGUUCUUAGUUCAUCCAUAUUUCAAGCAGGACUGACAGUAAGUGGGAAC